AACUGCUAUUCGUCGCUGGAAUGAAAUAAUUUUAAUGUUUGCCCUGAAGACUUGGACAUCAGUGAAUAUGUGGUGCUGGCUGACUUUAUUCUGCGUCGACUGAAAAUCAGAGGAAACCGGAUCUCUCGACACCUGCAGCUGCAGGACAAUAAAGGAGGAUAAGAAACAAUUAUUUGAAAGAUUGCUGGAAUAAAAAAAAUGGAUAAUACUCAGUCUAAUUCUGAGAAAUCCCACCUUAUAGACGAGAAGAGUGCGAAGCUGUACUCCUUAAAAUUGCAAAGCUCCUUUGCAGACUCCAAAGAACACUACCAAGACUUCCCUUUAAAAAACGGGGGAAUGUCCGGAGCUAUCGAGAUGAAGCGGCCUGUUGGUGCACACUGCCAUGGACCCAAACCUUUGGUUGGAGAGGAGAGUGGCGACAAGCUGCUGGCUAAGAAGAAACUUUACAUCGCUUCAGCAGUCUGCCUGGUCUUCAUGAUUGGAGAGGUCAUAGGAGGCUAUCUGGCCCACAGUCUUGCCAUCAUGACUGAUGCUGCUCAUCUCCUCACUGAUUUUGGGAGUAUGAUGGUGAGCUUGUUCUCCCUGUGGAUCUCCUCCAGACCUCCCACCAAAAUCAUGAACUUUGGUUGGCACAGAUCAGAAAUCCUUGGAGCGUUCAUCUCCGUCAUAUCCAUCUGGAUCGUUACAGGAGCUCUCGUCUAUUUAGCUAUUGAAAGGAUUGUACGAAACGACUACGAGAUUGAGGGGCAUGUAAUGUUAGUCACUUCUGGAUUCGCCGUCAUUGUAAAUAUUGUUAUGGCCUACAUCCUUCAUCACUCUACGAACCUCCACCCUCAUGGUAGGGGUUAUCAGCAGAUUGAUGAGGAUGGUCAGAGCCCCGUCAGUCAUGGCCACUCCCACGCGCUCCUUGGUGGCCAUGGCAACACAAGCGUCCGCGCCGCAUUCAUCCACGUGCUCGGUGACCUGCUGCAGAGCAUCGGCGUCAUGGUGGCAGCGACCAUCAUCUUCUUUCGGCCUGAAUAUAAAAUUGCAGAUCCCAUCUGUACGUUCCUGUUUUCUAUCUUCGUCCUUUUCACCACCCUCACCAUCCUCAGAGACGUCUUCAGGAUACUAAUGGAAGGAUCUCCUAAAGGAAUCGAGUUUAACUCUGUGAAGGAGGUGCUGAUUUCUGUGAAAGCUGUGAAGUCCGUGCACUCGUUGCACCUGUGGGCCCUGACUCUGGGACAAUCGCUGGCCUCUGUUCAUCUGGCAGUAGAGGAAGGUGCUGACCCUCAGUCCGUGCUUCAGGAGGCCACAGAGCUGCUUUACAACAAGUUUGGUUUCCAGAACAUCACCAUCCAGGUUGAGCUUUACACCGAAGAGAUGAACCACUGCUCCCACUGCCAGGACCCCAGGGAAUGACGUCUGUACCGGAAUCAACCGGAACCCAAACGGACUUAGAAGGCUCAGACAUGCUUGCAGCAUUUUCUCCAGGUUGGGACCAACCACUGAUCGAUGUGUUACAUUCAUUAUGCAGGUUUCUGAUGGAGAAGCAGAACUGAUCUGUGGUUUAUCAAUGAUUUUUCACAAGUAGUCAAAAGAAAUUACACAGAAAAAUCAUCCAUGUGUUUGUAAAAGCAUGCAGAUGGUGGUUUUCCAUGCUGACAGUGGACGUCUGUGUAAAUGUUUAGUUUUUAAUCAAAGGUUGUGACGCAUUUUCUUUUUACUUCAUGAAGAAACCAUUUUACAAGAACACUGUUAUUAAAGCAGAGAAAGCAUCCUGGCUUGAAAUAUGCCCUGACAUAGAGUAUUAUUGGGUGGAAACAUGAUGAAUAAUUUUAAUUAACUGCAUUGAUUUAAUGGUGCAUUCAAACGCAGUUCUUUUACUGAAUCCAAAAAUUCAUUUACUGUAUAGUAAAUCUAAAAAAAGGAAAACAGUGUCAACAGAGAAUAAGAAUGUAUUUAAUCAAACUUGUCACUUUUCCACUGCCGCUUGUCUUGAUACGAUGCGUUCAAGUGUCUCUCUCUGUUUCUAAACACUUUUUUUUAAAAGUAAGUUGAAAACACUGCCUGAUACUAGCAAUUGUACACCAUUGGUUUUAGAUAUUAUAUUAUUUCCUAUCCCUUUUGUUCUAGAAAGAUAAAGUACCAGAGAUAAAUGGAUACCUAACCACUAAACACGUGUGGUCACUCAUAGUUGGUUUCCCCUUCUAGUUCCACUAGUAGACCUACAGUAAAUCCUCGCCUCUAAAUGUUCGUGGUUCAGUUCAGUAGCUUUGAUUUUUGUGAAAUAUAACAAAGCAGAAAAUUUGUUUAUUUGCUCAAAUAUUUGUAUUUUCUAUAAAAAAGUGGCCUGAAAUUAAAAUAUUACUUCACAAA